ACGCGGUUAACUUAAUAAUUAUGUACAAAGUUUGUGCAUAUCGUGAAAUGUGCAUGGCACACAUAUCAUGGUGGUGAAAGAAGUGUCAAGUAAGGGACACUGCUCGCGCGAUGUUAGCGUAUCCCAUAUGACAAUGGGGAUUUAUAUCUAGGGCAAACGGGGUGUGAGGUAGAGAGAAACAGGUUGCGACGAGGGAGAAGCAGGAUAUUUUUAAUGAGAGAGGAAUGAAACCAAGGGAAGAGCCUCACAUACGGAGAGCGAGAAAUGUCAAAACAAAACGGUCGAAACACGUUCGAAACAAACGAGGACGCUUCGCGAGCCGGUGUUUGUGAAAUUUAUAUUUUGUGAUUUUAAAGUGAUUUAAAGUGUUUCAGAGAAGAAAAUGGACCAAAUAAAGCAGUUGAAGAAGAGUGGGCUCUUAAGGAAGCGAGCACUGGCAAGGAUGGGUGGAAUGAAGAAGAAAUGGGUGGCUGAAAAUCAACCCGGUCCGAGUACGAGUAUGGAAGUGCAAGUUUCAGGUCCGGAAGCUGUGGUUGAUGGCGUUGCUGAGGAGUGCCUGAUGGAUUUCCCGUUGUCGGAGGAGGAGGAUGUACUCAUUUUAUCCGAUGAUGAAGAUGAGGAUGAAAUAAUCGAAUACAUCGAGAACGAGAGCGAAGAGGAUGAUAAAGAUGAAGAAGAUCAUCUACUGAAUGAGAAAAAUAAUAGUCCAGCUCAACAUCUGAUGGCCAAGCGGUUGAGAGUUUGGGCUUUAUCUCAAAAGCUACCUAAUUUAGUAUUGAAUGAUCUUCUUCGCUUGGUUCGCGAAACAACGGACAUUCCUCUUCCUCUCGAUUCUAGAACGCUCCUUAAGACACCGGUUGCUGUGGGCAAGGAAACAUACGCGGUAGCUGGCGGUGAAAUGUGGUAUCAUGGCAUUGCGAAAAGUAUGCAAAGUUGUUUCCGGAAGCUGACUCCUACGGUGAACGAAAUAUUAAUAAACAUAUUCGUAGAUGGGCUACUGUUAUUUAACAGUGGGCCAAAACAGCUAUGGUCCAUAUUGGUGAAGCUUGUAAACGUCCCAGAAGCUCCCAUAUUGGUGGUUGGCGUGUUUUGUGGCUUAUUCAAACCGGAAAAUGUCGAGGACUACUUGCGCCCACUCGUUGAUGAAUUGAAUCGC